UACACAGGGGAUGCAUUUUCAUCUUACACCGUAUCGCCUUUAAUCUGUAAACUAUCAGUUUUUAGCUUGGGAUAUUUUGAUUUCUUCUUUAGUUGCCUAAAUGUUGAUUUUAACGCUAUAAUGACCUGUAUGAUGAGUCUUUUUAAGGAGCUUUAAUUUGGUAUAAUUGUUGUAGUCAUUAUUUAUAUAUGAUAGUUUACACUAAUUAAGCCGAGCGCUAGCUUUUGCUUGACACAAACAUUGAAGCUUUUUUUCAUCUGCAACAUUUGAUUGCUGAUUUGUCAAAUCUUGUCAAGAAUGGCUGAAAAACACGAAGUAAAAGUAAGCAGUACACUUAGCCCUGAUUCCAUGAAAGGUAUUGCAGAGUCUAUUGGGGUCAGUGGAAUUCCUGAUGAUGCUGCAAGCCAGUUAGCAGAAGAUGUUAGCUACAGACUUAAACUCCUUAUUCAAGAAGCUGCUAAAUUUAUGCACCACUGCAAACGAAGCAAGCUAAUUACCAGUGACUUUGAUAUGGCUUUGAAGAUCAAGAACUUGGAACCAUUGUAUGGUUUCCAGUCAAAAGACCUUAUACCAUUUCGGUACACCAGUGGUGGAGGACGUGAGCUACAUUUCUACGAUGAAAAAGAACUAGAUCUUAAUGAGAUAAUCAGCAGUCAAUUUCCAAAAAUUCCAUUAGAUGUUUCAUUAAAAACUCACUGGUUAAGUAUUGAAGGAGUGCAGCCUGCCAUUCCUGAGAACCCUCCCCCUGCAUCUAAAGAACAACAACAAAAAGAAAGCUUCGACACUUCCAUCAAAGCAGUCAUUGACCGUUUACAUAAACCGAAACCACACACUGACCUUGCCAAAGCACGGAUGAAGCAGAAGUGUGCCAAUACUGCCAAAUUAAAGAAUCUCAUAAUACAUGAAUUAUCAGUGGAACAACAAUUAUAUUAUAAAGAAAUUACAGAAGCUUGCGUUGGAGCUGAUGAACCACGACGUCAGCAAGCCUUACAGAGUUUAGUGUCUGACCCUGGAUUACACCAAAUGCUGCCUCGGUUUAGUACUUUCAUAUCUGAAGGUGUGAAGAUCAAUGUUGUUCAGAACAACUUAGCUUUGCUGAUUUACCUGAUGAGAAUGGUGAAGUCAUUGAUUGACAAUCCAAACUUGUAUCUAGAAAAAUAUCUCCAUGAAAUUGUCCCUGCUGUAACGACCUGUAUUGUCAGUAAACAGUUGUGUAUGAAGCCCGAUUUAGACAACCACUGGGCUUUGCGAGACUUUGCUGCAAGACUUAUGAACAACAUCUGCCGAACUUUUAAUACUUGCCGAAACAACCUUCAGACAAGAGUGACAAAGCUUUUUAGUAAAGCUCUCCAAACAGAAAAGGUUCCUUUAUCUACCCAAUAUGGUGCACUUGUUGGUCUUGGAGAGCAAGGACAAGAGGUUGUGAAAGCUUUCAUUGUACCCCAUUUGAAGGUUCUUGGUGACCGGUUAAAAGCAGUUAUUGACAGCCCUGUUGUGAAUAGUUUGGACAAGCUUGCUGUUGAUCACGUGAAAAAGAUUUUGUUGAAAGUUGUGCCACCUGUCCUGAAGAAUACAAAAACAGGGAAUGAUUCUCUGGAAGAUUACAUGAAAGAAUACGGAUAUCUUGGUCAGGCUUUACAUACAGCUGUUGUUCAGGAGAGACAAACACCAAUAGCAACCAACAUGGCAUCGACCAUGACUACAGGCAGUAAUACAAGACAACCAAUUUUGAUCCAUUCUGGCAGCUCCACACAAACUAACAUGACCUCCAGUGGAACUAACACACGUAUUGUAACCCCAUCAGGUGGAAUGGCUCGCACACAAGGUCCCGGUCAAAACAAACUUGUAAUUGUCACUCCUCCAACCCGUCCAACAGGAAUGGGUGUACAGACGUCUUGUUUCACUAGUGGCAGCAGCAAUACAUCUACGCCUACAAUUGUGAAAUUAGUCACAGCACCAAAUACAAGCUCCAACAGUUCAAAGAUUGUUGUCAUGUCAGUUCCUUCAGGUGCAAAUUCAAACUCACAAACUUGCUCUACCAUAAUGCAAACAAACAGCACAAGUACAGCACCAGUUUCCACCACAACUCAUGAUAUGGGCAUGAAAAGUAUUUUCAGUGCUACACCAUCAAUCGCUAUUAAGAAAGACUCCAACAGCCCAUAAAGGUUAUAUUCUUGCUGCCACAAAACGUUAUCAAAUAAUUAUUUUUGAUUGACUGUUGUUCCUGAUGCUAUUAAGACAGACUUUGGACAGUCCUGAAAGAAUCUUUUCAAGAUAAGUGGAGAAAAAAAAUGUCCAUUUUAAUACCCAGUUUUUACGGACUGUGGUGCUUUGAGGUAUUGGGGAAAUUUUUAUCAAGCAUUUAUCAAGAAAUGGCUAAUGACCUAACAAGUGACUAUUGAGGCAUUCAGUCAAUUCAAUCAUUUCAUGCUACAAUUAGACAAAUUAAAUGGUUUCAAAGACAUGUUGUAGGAGAAGAGAAAUUUUAUGCAAUCCAAAUAAAAACCAUUUUCAGUCUUCAACAAAUAUUUUCAGGUGUACUCUGAAAAAUUUA